AUGCCCUAUAGAUCUAUGCAGCUACCCCAGUUCUCGAUUGAUUUUGCAGCUUUAUGCCAGAAUGGACAUGGAAACGGAAAUAUAUCAAACCGCUUCGCUGUCUAUCUUGGCGAGCAGGGUUCGGGUAGCGAUAGCCAAUCUCCUUCAGCACCUCCUAUCUGGGGAGAGAGUUGGUAUUUAUCCUACGUUAUUCAAACAACUAACAGCCAGCACAAUUACCUGUACCGACCGAUAACUAGUGCCCCUGAAAUAUCAAGUGGUCAAAACGAGGAACAGCAUACAUAUUGGAAUCUACAUCCCAGAAAUUCAAGACCGGCGGCAUCGCCUGCAACCAAGCUUAGUAGUGAGCUGCCUUCUGCCAAUUUAGUUGAUCAACUUCUCGAGGACUACUUUGCCAUUUUCCACCCCUUUUGUCCUAUAAUCGACCGGGAAAAAUUCCUUACGGCUGUUCGGAUGGGAUCCGUUUCUCAAACAUUACUUCGCUGCGUGCUUUUCGUUUCGUCUAUUCACUGUGAUCUCAAAAAGCUGCAUCUUCUAGGCUACAGCAACCGUGUUGAAGCUGAAGAUGAUCUAUUCAACAAUGCGAGAGUAGCGUUUGACUCUGAGGAAGAGUCAGAUCGUCUAGUAAUGUUGCUGUGCUCGUAUUUGCUUCACUACUGGUCAGGAUCUCCUAGUAAAAGCAAAGACUCACUCUGGUGGCUUGCUGGUGCUAUCCGGACAGCUCAAUCGAUGGGAAUGCAUCGGAAGAUUCAGCAUAGUCAGAUAUCUUUGGACAGGCAAAAAACUUGGAGGCGUAUAUGGUGGCUGCUUUACCCAAUGACCAUUGUGAGUUGUGACUGUGAUGUUGAGAACAUAUCUGAAGACGAUCUUUGUGGGGAAUCGAAAGAGACACAGCUAUACGUGAUGUUUCAAGCAAGGCUAUCCGAAACCGUGUCUGGCUUUCUCAGAACUUACCUGGCACCCUCCAGCCCCCAGAAAGUACACGAGUCGACGGUACUAUUGAAAAUGUGCUUUUUGUUUGAAGAGUGGUACCAAGGACUGCCCUCCAAAAUGACAUAUCAAGAAUCACCAAGAUCGCAGUUGGUCUUGAUUCUCAACAUGACGUACAACUACUAUCGAAUUAUUCUUUAUCGAAAUGUGCAGCGGUUCCUGUCCAAUGGCAAUACCAGCACUAUCCAGUCUAUCAAUGAUAUAAUCGCCGGCGCAGCGAAACUCAUCACUUCAAUGACAGAGGAUGCCGUCACGCACCUCGACGCCAGAUAUUUUCCUAUGAUAUGUGUUUCCGCCAUCUUUGCCGCUAUGACUGCCGAGUUUGCCCAAUCGCACUCUCCAGACUUGAAAGAGCUGGAAAAAGACGGCCAUUUACGAAUGGUAAAAUACAAGGUUCUAGCACUGAAAGAAUUCGCAAAGUGCCAUGUCUUAGCCGGCUGGAUACGGGAAUUGUUCCUUGGUCUGCUGGAUCGACAAUCGGAUGACACGGCCGCGUACGAGAAAUCUCGAUCGGCCGGGACACAACAAUUACCAGAUCCGCAACGCAUUUUGGCGAGGUCGGACACACAGAAUUCAACAAUCAGCAAGCCCGGUAUAUUCCUGGCUCAGGGAUCUGUACCAGGAUCCAUUUCUGAAACGUGCGGGAGCCAGCUUCCGUCGGAGAUUUCCCUUGGCCAAGCCACUAUGCAGGGAUCUGCUGCGGAAGACACGCCAUCUUUACCAAAUAUUGACCUUUCCUGGGAUUAUACUUGGGGACUGGGCCAGGAAAUAUUCCAUUUAACAUCAGACAGGUCUGUUGACUCAGGAAUGAAUGACAGGGAUAAAUUGCCAGUUGGAUGGCCAGAAUUUUCAAAUUUUGCGGAUGGGUCGGGUAUAGAUGAGCUAUAUAGACAUUACUGUAACCAAUAG